AUGGGCAUUCUUCCUGUUAUGCUUGUUAUUACCAUAGUAAUACUCUUAUUCUCCUCUCAAAUCUCCUCUGCAAUUGAUACCAUUACCCUUUUUCAAUCACUUCCUGAUGGCAGAACCUUGGUGUCAAAAGAUGGAAUCUUUGAGUUGGGUUUCUUCAGUCCAAGUAGUUCAACAAACCGCUACGUUGGAAUAUGGUACAAAAAUAUCCCAGUUAGAUCUGUUGUUUGGGUUGCAAACCGUGACACUCCAAUCAAAGACAACUCCAGCAUGUUAAACAUAAGUAAAGAGGGAAACCUUGUCCUUCUCAGCCAGAACGGCACAGUUCAUUGGUCAACAAACGCAACAAAAAAGGCCUUCAAUGCCACAGCUCAGCUUUUAGAUUCUGGCAACUUGGUUUUAAGAGAUGAACAUGACAACAAUCCUGAAAGCUUCUUGUGGCAAAGCUUUGAUUAUCCGUCUGAUACCUUGUUACCAGGAAUGAAGCUUGGAUGGAACCUAAAGACCAACCUUAAUCGUCAUCUAACAGCUUGGAAGAACAAGGAGGACCCUUCUAUGGGAGAUUUUACUUGGGGUUUCGUACGUAGCAGCAAUCCUGAAAUGGUGAUGUGGAAGGGCUUAACUAAGUACUACAGAGGUGGCCCUUGGAAUGGGAUUCAAUUCAGCGCUGCACCAUCUUUGAAAUAUGACCCAAUGUUCGAUUUCAAGUUUGUGUACAAUGAGGAUGAGUUGUAUUACACAUUCAGCCUCAAGAAUAAGUCUGUGGUUUCAAUACUUGUCAUGAACCAAACGACUUAUGCUCGUGAGCGCUACACAUGGAUUGAAGAAGCUAAAACUUGGAGGAUGUAUUCAUCUACGCCAAGAGACUAUUGUGAUAACUAUAAUCUUUGUGGCCCAUUUGGAAAUUGUGCCAUGGGUGAGUCCCCUGUUUGCCAGUGUUUACGUGGAUUCAAUCCAAAAUCACCUCAGGACUGGAUCACAAUGGACUGGACUCAAGGAUGCGUGAUAAGUGAAACUUGGAAGUGCAAGGAGAAAGAUAAAGAUGGUUUCCUCAAAUUCAUUAACAUGAAGGUGCCAGACACUGACAAAUCUUGGGUUAAUGGAAGUAUGACACUUGAGGAAUGUAAAGCCAAAUGCUGGGAAAACUGUUCUUGUACAGCCUUUGCAAACUCAGAUAUAAGAGGAGAAGGUAUUGGGUGUGUCCUUUGGUUUGAUGAUCUAUUAGAUUUGAGAAGGCUUCCAGAUGCUGGGCAAGACCUGUAUGUUAGAGUGGCUACCUCUGAAAUAGAAAAUCAAGAUGCGAAAGAUGAUUUAAAGAAAAAGGUGGUUGUGAUCACAAGCACUGUUUCGUCUAUUAUUGUGAUGCUUUUAAUAUUGACUUUCAUUUACCGGAGGAGGAAAACAAUUAAAGAAAAACCCUGGGCAAGACAAAAGAAUGAUGAAAGCAAAGAAGAAGAUUUUGACCUACCUCUAUUCGACCUUGCUUCAAUAGCACAUACCACUGAUGACUUCUCAAGUGACAAGAAGCUUGGCGAGGGGGGUUUUGGGCCUGUAUAUAGGGGAACACUGCCAGAUGGACAAGAGAUUGCUGUCAAGAGACUUUCACGAACAUCAGGACAAGGAUUGAAAGAAUUUAAGAAUGAGGUUAUAUUCUGUGCCAAGCUUCAACACCGGAAUCUUGUUAAGGUCCUUGGUUGUUGCAUUCAAGAAGAUGAGAAAUUACUCAUAUAUGAAUACAUGUCCAACAAAAGCCUCGAUUACUUCCUUUUUGAUUCUACUCGAAGUAAUCUUCUCGACUGGUCCAAACGUUUGUACAUUAUAACUGGCAUUGCUCGAGGGCUUCUUUAUCUUCAUCAAGACUCAAGAUUAAGGAUCAUACAUAGAGAUCUUAAAGCCAGUAAUGUUUUAUUAGACAAUGACAUGAACCCGAAAAUUUCUGAUUUUGGCUUAGCUCGAAUGUGUGGUGGUGAUCAAAUUGAAGGAAACACAAGCAGAGUUGUUGGUACAUACGGUUAUAUGGCACCUGAAUAUGCCUUUGAUGGGUUAUUCUCCAUCAAAUCUGAUGUAUUUAGCUUCGGCAUAUUAUUGCUAGAGAUAAUAAGCGGCAAGAAAAACAAAGGGCUUUCCUAUCCAAACUAUAAUUGCAAUCUUAUUGGACAUGCAUGGAAGUUGUGGAAAGAGGGCAUCCCAAUGAAAUUGAUUGAUUCUUGUAUGGUGGAGUCAUGCAUUCUAUCUGAAGUCUUACGUUGCAUUCAUAUUGGACUUUUGUGCGUGCAACAUCGUCCAGACGAUAGGCCAAACAUGGCAAAUGUGGUUGUGAUGUUAAGCAGUGAGAGUACUUUGCCUCUACCAAAGGAGCCUGGUUUCUUAAUGGAAAAGGGGCCAAUUGAUGGAGAAUCGUCUUCUGAGAAGCAUAUAUUUUCUUCUUCUAAUGAGCUAACUAUCUCAGUGUUGGACGCCAGAUAGAAAAAUUUAUUUACUUCUUACAUUGCAUAUAUACUUAUUUAAUUAGUAUCUGUUCCAAACUUAAAAUGUCCUUUAAUGAUGCGUUACUUGUUGUGAAACAUAAUAA